AUGUCAUCGAAUAUUCCAGAUUUUUAUGAAGGAAAAAAUAUCUUAGUUUUUGGUUCAACAACAUUUCCUGGUAAAGUUUUACUUGAAAAAUUAUUACGUUCAUGCCCAAAUAUUGAAAAAAUCUAUUGUCCUAUACAUUCAAUUAAAACAACUAUUACUCAUCAUCUUUCACCAAUAGAUACAUUUGCUGAAAUCUAUACAACAAAAUUAUUUGAUCGUGUAAGACGUAUUAAUGCUAAAUUUCAAGAAAAAAUUAUUCCAUUUGAUAUUAAUAUAUUAAUAUCAUCAACAAUAAUGCCAAAUAAUGAAAUAGAUUUGAAUGAACAAAAACAAUCUGAAUUAAUUUCUUGGAAAAAUUUACAGAAUACUAUUGAUUUGUGUUUUUAUAUUGCAAAUAAUUCCGUAGAUUUUGAAGAACAAAAUCUUAAAGAUAUGAUUCAAACAAAUGUUAUGGGUUUAAAAAGUGUUUUAACCUUUUUAAAAACAUGUACACAAUUAAAAUCAAUCGUUUACUUAUCAUCAAUUUACGCGAAUAUAGGUAAAUAUUUCAUAAAUAUACAGAAUGGUUCAUAA